AUGGGGAGGUCAUGCCUUCCCAGAUGCAAACUAACCAGAGUAAUGGGUUUUAUGCAGAUAAUUCUGGGAGGCAUGGUUAUAUUAGUAAGCAUUUUAAGUCUUAUCAGAUUCUAUUAUGCAGGUUUUUUCUUGAAGAAUUCAGAUCUAUGCCACCAUUUCUCCAAUUCCAGGGAGGUUUUUGAAGGUUUUGACACCAAAUCACUAUCUGACAGAGUUGAAGAAGUGCUGGAAAAUUUGGAAACUUUACAAGCUAAGCUUGAGACAAAAUCACAAGAAAUGGAGAAAGACAAGGCCAUAUUGGACAAGAAAUACUUGGAGGAAGAAAUACUCAAACCCCUUCGUGCUUCCAAUGUUGCUCUCAGACAGAUUAGGCUUCCAAAGGCUGAAGGAAUCAGAAAUGACUCCGCAAUAAAAGAAGACCCUUUGAUCAAUUUCUUCAUCACAGAGGAGAUCAGGAAGUACAUUACCCCAAAGGAGAACAGAGAAGUGAAGAUCAAUGUGUAUGGUUCAGAGAGGGUGUAUAACACAAUAGGGCAUGCAUGUGUCCUACAUAAGAAGGAUCUAGAACAGUACAUGGACUAUGACAUUGGGUCCUAUUGUGAUGAUGAUUGGAACUUAGCUCAGAAACUUAUGCUCAACGGGUGUGACCCUUUGCCUAGAAGAAGAUGUUUAACAAGAGCUUCUAAGGUAUACCAAAAGCCCUAUCCUAUAAAUGAGUCACUUUGGAAGAUACCAGAUGACAGGAAUGUAAGGUGGGGGAAUUAUCAGUGCAGAAACUUUCAGUGCUUAUCAAGCAAAAACCCCAAAAGGGGAUAUUCCAAAUGUGUUGGGUGUUUUGAGAUGGAAAGGGAAAAGCUGAAAUGGGUCACAAAUAGUUCAGUUUUAGCAGAUUUUCUGAUAACAGAUGUUCUGAGAAUUAGGCCUGGGGAGAUAAGGAUAGGUCUAGAUUUUGGGAUAGGAACUGGGACUUUUGCUGCGAGAAUGAGGGAGCAUAAUGUGACUAUUGUCACAACUGCCCUAAACUUAGGGGCACCUUUCAGUGAGAUGAUAGCUCUAAGGGGUUUGGUUCCUCUUUAUGUUACUUUGAACCAGAGGCUUCCAUUAUUUGAUAAUACUAUGGACUUGAUUCACACUGGUGGAUUUCUUGAUGGUUGGAUUGACCUUUUGCUCUUGGAUUUUAUCCUAUAUGACUGGGACAGGAUCCUUAGACCUGGAGGCCUGUUAUGGAUAGAUAGGUUCUUUUGUAACAAAAAGGAUUUGGAUGAUUAUGUCUACAUGUUUCUGCAAUUGAGAUACAAGAAGCACAAGUGGGCUAUAUCUCCGAAGUCAAAGGAUGAGGUUUACCUCUCCGCAUUAUUGGAAAAGCCUCCAAGAGCUAUAUGA